UCCCGUUUAGUUUCGUAGCAGCUGGCGAGCUAACUGGGUACACUUUAACUGACGUUAAUCAGUUCGCAUUGCCGUGUGUAACAUUAACAUUUUUUUAAACUGUUGGAUGCGAAAUAGAUUCGCGUUUGCUAGCUAGAUAGCUAGCUAGCUGCCUGCAAUAGCAGAUCCAAAGAAAAUGUUUAAAGCAAAAAUACUAAUAGUCGGACCAAGUGAGUGUGGGAAGACGGUAUUGGCUAAUUUUCUAUCUGAUACCGUUGAGACGAUUGGAGGAGACUACAGCCCAACGCAAGGUGUUCGGAUUCUGGAGUUUGAAUCGCACAGUUUGGGUGGCUCUGGGAAGAACGUGACGUGCGAAGUGGAACUGUGGGACUGUGCUGGAGAUUUAAGGUUUGAGUCCUGCUGGCCAGCUUUAAUGAAGGAUUCCAAUGGAGUGGUCAUUGUGUUUAACCCAGACAUGCCCAGCCAUCUGAAAGAACUGGAGACUUGGUAUUCCUCAUUUGUGUCCUCACAAAGUAUGCAAGAAAGCCAGUGUCUGCUGAUGGCGCAUCACAAACCAGGCAGCGCAGCUGACAACGCACGCCCAGUUCUAGCUUCACAGCUGAGCAAGCUGUCCAUGAUUCAUUCUAAUCUGGAGGAGGACCCAGAAGGGGUGCGGCAGGAGUUCAGCAGGUACUUGGGAUCCAUCGUGAAGACGCUGUCAGAAAGCCGUGAACGUGAGGAGAUGUCAAUCAUCACUUAGGAACCGGAGGCCCAUGCUCCUGCUCAGGAUUAACCAGA